AUGGUCUUCACGCCCGUACUCGUCGCUGCCGUCGUUGUCGUCCACGUCGCCGCAGCACUCGACGUCUUUCAUCGCGGCGUGCAUCCCGACCUUGAUGAACAGCCUUUCUCUCUUCGUGGCCAGCUCCUUCUCAACGACAAUACCCUGGCCUUUACACCGUCACCCUCUUUCUCCAGUGACCUCUUUUCUUUCGCCCAGACGCUGACAGAAUUGAACCUCGAUAAUGACCGCGCCUCCUACCAGGUGGCCCUAGAUCGUUCACCUAGUUGGGAAAUUUCUUCUGUAAAAUUCUGCCAUCUUGCUCAGCCAUUUGCUGAAGAUUUGAUACUCUACACAACUUUGGUAAAUCCAUCGACACCGUACGCUAUUAAUUAUUUCGUAUCGCCAAUACCCCAAGAUGGAUCUUGUCCAGAGACAUUUUGGGUAGAUGUGUCCCAUGCCGGGCCUAUAAAUACAACAAUCACUCUUCGCGCGCGACACUUUCCACCCUUACCUGAACUUCGAACUCCCCCACCUCUGACGCCACAAGGCGAACCCGUCCAGCCCCCCGAAGAAAAGAGCUUCUUCCAGAAGUAUUGGAUGUACAUCGCUGCGGUCCUCAUUGCUCUCACACUUUCAGGUGGCGCUCCAGAAGAGGAAGGGGCUAGACGUCCGGCAUGAUAUUCGCCAUCGAGGUUCGACAUCAGUUCUACCCUGCAUUCCCGGGCUUUGUUAUAUUUUUCUCGGUCAUCGGGAUCUAUGCAGGAUCGCAGAUUCUGUCGUGUGUUCUACACGUACUCUAUGAAUAUAUUUCUUGGCCACCAUGCCUUUGCUGCUAAC